AUGGCAAAGGGAGUGAAGAUGCAGGGGAAGGCUAAAGCAUCGGUGAAGAAGAAGAAGAAAAAGGGCCCUACCUCAUCUGAUGGGAGGAGAGAGGAGGUGUGGAAGGAUUUCUCGACAUUCCUGCAGGCUUCUCAGAAGUGUUUUGGGGAAAUUGCUUCAGGUAAAAAUCCUACUCCUCCAAUCUUGCGAUCUGACCAUUUGGUGCAAAAUUUGAAUGUAAAAUUUCAAAGGGAUAAGGAGCAGGAGGGACAGAGGGAUAUGAAAAUUGGAUUGGAAGAUAUUGAAGAUGAAAUAGAGUUUUGGAGCUCUUCUCUUGUCUGUUAUGUGCUAGGAGCUAAUCCUCCAUUGUCGGUUCUAGAGGGAUUUGCUCGACGAGUCUGGAAGACUAAGGGUGUGGAUAAGGUGGGUAUCUUGAAUCAAGGAGUGUUUAUCAUUAGAUUUGAUUCCACAACUUCCAGAGAUGAAUUUUUACAGGGAGGAUUUAGGAAGGAGAAUGUGAGGGUAGUCCCUACUUGGAUUCAGUUGAAUGGUCUGGAAUUGAAAUAUUGGGGUGAGAGGUCUCUUUUCAAGAUUGUGAGCCAAAUUGGGAAACCUCUUCAGGUAGAUGAGAUCACGAAAAACAGGGACAGGCUGAACUAUCCUCGAAUCCUUAUAGAAGUCUCUCUUACACAGGACUUUCCUUAUGAGGUCUCUUUCACUAAAGAAUUUGAUCAGAAGGUCGUUGUUGAUGUUUUUUAUGAGUGGAAACCAGUUCUUUGUGGACAUUGCAAAGGAUAUGGGCACAUCACUGAGAAUUGUAGGAAAAAAGAUGGCCGGAAGAAAGAAUGGGUGAUUAAAAAGGAUAACAAUAUGGCACAAGAAUUGGAGAAGGAAAAAGGUGUAAUGGUGGAUGAGGAGGGAUUUCAGCAAGUAACUAGAAGUGGAAAAUUGAAGAUGGCAGCCGCUCCUCCUACUAUAGUUGCUAAUAGUUUUGAUGUCCUUAGUUCUGAAGUUGGAUAA